AUGGAAACACUAAUUAACUUAUCUAACCUGCUAUGCUGUGGCUGUUUGGAAAUUUAUUACAAAUCAUAUGUCCAUCUUAAUGGAAAACGAUACGAAAUAGUUAAAUUGUUAGGGGAAGGAAGUUAUUCAUUCGUUUACUUAGCUCAAAUCUUAGAACAUAUGUCCAGUCGAAGAUUCAGUAUCACAACACAAGUCUCAUUUUUUGAUAGUGUGGUUCAUUCAUAUGCUUUAAAAAAGGUUGUUUGUCCUGCAGAAAACUUAACAUUAGCAUACAAAUAUUUGCAAGAAAUUCACAAUUAUAAACGAUUCCAAUGUGGAUACAUUGUUCCUUGUUUGGACUCACAAGUCAUACAAGAGAAAAAUGGUAACAAGACUAUUUGGAUGGUAUUCCCAUAUUAUCCAUUAGGGUCUUUACAACAAGUGGUGGACAGACAUAUGCUGGAAGGCACAUUUAUCUCUGAGUCCGAAGCUAUUCGCAUUAUGAUUGGUAUCUUGAAAGGUGUGCUCAGGUUACAUUCACCGAUGUCUCCAAUUCCCAACAUUAAUACAAAUGGUAAUACUCAUAAUUACAUAAUAAACUCUUCGGAUAGUCAAAGUAACAAUGGUGAUAUAACAAACGAUACAACAAUGGACAGUACAUUGUUGGGGGACCAAGAUUUAUUACUAUUUCCAGAAAUAGGUGAAAGUACCUUGCUGUUGGAAAGUUCCUUAAUGGAGCUCGAUACCAUGCUUUCAGACACUCCACCUACACCAGUGGACCCUAAAACCCCAUAUGCUCACCGAGAUUUAACACCUUCAAAUAUCCUGUUUGCUUCCGACGGAUAUCCAAUUCUAUCAGAUCUAGGAUCCUGUAUACCUGCUAAUGUCUCGAUCACUACUAAUUCGCAAUUAAUUAAAUGGAAAGACUGGAUUGCCGAGAGUUGCACAUUGCCAUAUACUGCCCCGGAGAUCCUUAACAUCAGAUUAAAUUCACAUAUCACCACGAAAUCAGAUAUCUGGUCUGUUGGGUGUAUCUUCUAUUGCAUAUUAUUUGGAAUAUCACCUUUCGAAAGAGAGGAACAACUACGCGGAGCUUCCAUCACUUAUGCUCUAUCAACGGGCCAUUAUUCCUUCCCAUCACAGAACAGGUAUUCUAAUGACCUACUAAACGUUAUUAAAGCUUGUCUUCAGAUAGAUCCUACUGCUCGACCCUCUGCAGACACUCUUUUUCAACAACUAGAAACGUUGUCUCACACAUCUUGA